CGUCUGCUUUUCCAUUAUUGAGCUUGGGCUGCCUGUGACCCUUAGCAUUGUACUUGACACCAACGUCGUUUCCAGAGUCCUCUGUCUUCCUUACCCGAGAGAGAAAGAGUGAGAGACCUGGGAACGAGGUUGAGGAGUCACUCGAGUGUCACGCGAUGAGUAGGAACGAAAAUCAUGGCGACCGACUUGGAGGGUAACCUGAAGCAAAGAGCAAAAGAGGCGAUUGAUGUUCAUUCUUCCGACUUAUAUGACCUGAGCAAAAGAAUAUGGGAAAAACCUGAACUGAAUUUUACCGAGACUUACGCUCACGAGCAACUAACAAAGUUUAUGACGGAACAUGGUUUCAGAGUAACUCCUCAUUACACUUUGGAUACAGCUUUCCGAGCUGAAUGCGGAGAGGAAGGAGGUCUGACAAUUGGUCUACUUAGUGAAUAUGACGCUUUACCUGAAGUAGGACACGCUUGUGGACAUAAUCUGAUCGCAGAAUCAGGAGUGGCAGCGGCUUUAGGUCUCAAGAUUGCUUUGGAAUCAGCUGAACAGAAACCNCUGGAUGCAGCAGUCAUGGCCUAUACGAGCAUAAGCGUAUUGCGACAGCAGAUGAAGCCCAAAUGCCCAAAUGGCGAGUUCAUUCCCGUGGAACGGAGUCAAUGCACUGGAUGCAGCAGUCAUGGCCUAUACGAGCAUAAGCGUAUUGCGACAGCAGAUGAAGCCCAAAUGGCGAGUUCAUUCCCGUGGAACGGAGUCAAUACACUGGAUGCAGCAGUCAUGGCUUACACGAGCAUAAGUGCACUAAGACAGCAGAUGAAGCCAGAAUGGCGUGUCCACCUUAUUAUUUCGGAGGGGGGUGUUAAGCCAAACAUCAUUCCUGACCGAGCUCAGCUUCAAUGUAAUAUUCGAACAAUGAAUGACAAUGACCUUGAGGUGUUAAAAGAAAAAGUUAAGAAUUGUUUUGAAGCAGCUGCAUCAGCCACAGGGUGCAAAGUCUCUAUGGAAUGGAGAACAGCUACAAGAUAUUCACAUCUGGAAACCAACAACACCCUUGCUGAACUUUACCAAGCCAAUGCUGAGUCCUUAGGAGUUUCUUUUCCACCUGAGGCAAAGUUCUCAGCAUCCACUGAUAUGGGAAAUGUUUCACAUGUAGUUCCUUCCAUCCAUCCCAUGUAUUCUAUUGGCACAACUGCACCCAAUCAUUCUCAUGCAUUCACAACAGCAGCAGCAACAGAAGAAGCUCAUAAGAACACUCUGAUUGCCAGCAAGGCAUUAGCCAUGACAGCUAUUGAUGUGUUGUGCAAACAAGAUUUAAUGGAUAAAGUAAGGAUUGAUUUCAAACAACCAAAUAAUGGUGAAAAUUAACAGCAACACUGAGAAAAAUUAGUGAAUAUAUGAGUCAUUACAAGUAAUAAGGGACAAUUUUUGCGAAAUUACUUCAAGAGAUAUUUAUUUUAAGGUAAAUAACUGACUAUGAGUACAGUGUGUAAUUGAAAAAUUGUUGAAUAUAAAACUACUACAGGUUUGUUGAAA